CAUGAGUCAUUCGUCCCUUUAACUUGGACCACCACUAUCUCGCUUCCGUGUUCACUUGUCCCUUCCUACUGCUCUUUCGCUCCAUUGUCCAUCUGAAAUGACUGAACCAAUACGUCGCUCUUCAAGAAUAAAAGUGCCUUCCAAACGGAAGAGUCUCGCUGAAUCAAGUUUUCAAGCAGAAGAAUGGCAAUCCGAGGACCAGGGUAGUGGCAGUGAAAGUGAAUUUGAAGGACUUUCACAAAGGUCAAAGCUCAGCCCAAUACCAGGGCGAGCGGAUGAAGAAUGGAAAGGGGAAUCUGAAGAAGACGACGGCGGAAAUUUCGAAGACUCUCCGCAGAAGCUCAAGUGUAUCCCAGCCAAGCGAAUGCGACGAAACUCAAGGACAGCGAGGGUGAUAAAGCCUUCUAAGGAAGCUCCAGACAAAGGAAAGGCAAAGCAGAAGAAAAGGCGCCAACGUGACUUGAGUCUCUUACCAACAAUGCCAUUAGAUGUCCUAUUUACUAUCUGCAGUAUGUUGACCUCUCGAGAUCUUAUCAAUUUAUCCCGAGUCGAUGCAAAUUUCUGUCGCACCUUGAUCGCAAAUAACGUUUCAUUCGUGUGGAAGGCCGUCAGAGAGGGUGAAGGCGGAAUCGAGCCUCCACGAGAUAUUCCCGAGUAUCGAUGGGUCGACCUUUUGUUCGGGGUAUCAGCUUGUGAUGUGUGCGAUGCAAGGCAUGUUCGCGUCGACUGGAUGCUUCGCCGGCGCAUCUGCAAACGAUGCUUAAAGCCCAACCUCAUCUACGGGCCUAGGGUAGCAAAGUUGUUCCCAGGUGCAGACGCUGAGGUUCUUAGUCUCAUUCCUCACACGAACAGCGGAAUUACAACUUCCAGUAGCGGAAGCCGCUUUUACUGGAGUCCCGACAUCGACGAGAUUAUGGAUAAACUAGAUCAUUUGAAAUCUGACCGCAGCCCUGGUUCCUCUGAGCGUCUAUCCAGGUUCAUAGAGGAGCGAAAGGAUUUCGUGACAGAAACUCUCAAGAUCGUCCUGCUCGAAUUAGGGUAUACUGAAGAUGAUAUGGCCGCUAUCAGAUGGUGCAAUUCAGUACGGAAGAACGCGAAGCUUACUUCUUCUGGUUGGAAGAAGAUGCUUCCUGGUCUCAAAGACACGAUCGCCCAUCAUAGGGACCAGAUUGCAAAAGCCGAGUACAGUCGAGCUUUACAACAGCGCAUAGACAUCUUGAGGUCGUUGUAUACGUCCUAUCAGCGUGACUUUAACCCUUCUGUUUGGAGGCAAAUGCCACCGCUCAUGGAUGUUUGCAUGUUCUCUGCAUUCAAAAACUUGUUGGAGAGUCCGACAAAGGACCAGAUCACAGAAUCGAGUUUUUCGCAUGCGAUGGGGGAACUGCCGAACCUGAUUGCAGCGUGGCAUCAGGAUAGAACGACCCAUGUACGAAAUUUAGCUGCUGCCGGGCUAGCUGGGCAAGUUGAUACCACUGUCGACGCGACAACAUUGGCCAUCUGUGUUUUUGGGUGUUCCAACAAAUGUCAUAAUUACAGUGGGACCUAUGCCGAUCUAUGGCGGCACCGCUGUCCUCCGCGCCGUUCCUAUAUUUACUGGGACUUCAGCUUUCAGAAUGUCGAGAAAUUCUACGAGUGUAGAGGCAACGGUGAUAUUAAAGAAAUGGAUUCUUUGGAGGACUGCUUUCCUUUUAGAAUCCAUGGUAUCCAUGGUGGGGAUAUUAUAUACGGCCGCCCUUUACUGACAUGGCGUCAAUGUGUGAGUAUCGCAUCGCUUUGUCAGGCAUUUGUGUCACUGUUUUCAUAGAUCAACGUCCAUCUACACACCGGACCCACACAGCCCAAGAUUAGGCCGCUCACGACGGAAGAGCAAUCGAGGCUACAUGAAGUAGAGCUAGUAGACCUUGAUAUCUCCCCGACGUGGUCUUGUCAGCACUGUUCUGAAUACCUGGAGCGCUGGUCAACCCAUGGCACAGUGAGUUGGCAUGUUCAACAUGUCCAUGGUAUCGAUGAGCCUGUAAUCGAGAGAGACAUGUUCGUUGGACCUGGCUUUACCUAUAAAAGGUAUCACAUGGCUUUGCGCGUACUAGAGUUUGAGAAGCCUCCUGGAUGCGUAUUUUAUUACCAUAUUUGAUGUGGGGCCGCCCUUCUGCUUUGGGUACGCCCAAUUCCUCAAUGUAUCAUCUCCUUUUGGUUUUCUUUGUCUUAAAGCGUAAAGAACAAGGAUUACUCAAUUCCGCUC